GUCGGGAUGUCACUCUCUGUGCAUCCUUGCGCUGGCAAGCAGGCGCAGAGGCGCGACGAAUCUGCGAAGCGACACAAACCUCAGUCAUCCAGACCACCGCGACCCCCGUCGCCGUAGCAUGACGGCCCAAGAUGAACCCUUCAUCACCACCCGUAGCGCUCGACGCUGAGCUGGCCGUGUCACCUCCCACUUCCUCCACCGCCCACCACCAGCCCGACCGACCCAAGUCACCGCCGCUGGCCUUUGCUCCCUCCUCCAACGACUCACUGUUCGCGCGCAACUCGUCGCCACAUGCCCUCACGGCCAAUCACCCGACGUCGCCUUCGCAAUCCAUCAUGGGCCGUCUCAGUCCGCUGUCCGAGAGUCCGCUCGCCUUGCAGGCCAUCAUCGACAAGCAGGCCGAGGCAUUGAGGCAACUGCACAAGGCAUUUCAGGCAGAGCGAGAGUCGUGGGACCUGGAGCGCCAGCGUUUCUUUGAGCGCAUAUGCAGUUUGGAGCAGCUCCUUAAGAAUGGCGAGCACCACAGUCCUGAAAAGUCGCCCGUUUCCACACCCACCAGGAGCAACGGCAAUGGCAUUGUGUCGCCGCAAGCGCGAGCAGCGCACCCUCCAGGCAUCAACUUGCCUACCAUUGCCGAGAUCGAAAACAUUCAGCCUCUCGCCGCGCGACGGGAUGGAGCGCCACAAUCGAUAGCACUUCCCGGCAUCAUGGCCGUGCCGGGCGAGGAGCGACAAAGACAGAGCUCGGUUGUCUCUUUCACGAACGCGGAAGGUCUACAAGUCGAGGAAAUUCCCCUUCCGCUACCCUCGGCUGGUCUUUCACCGCCUCCGCCAGUCAAUCGCAUGCUUGCGGGACAUACGCCCAUAAAAGUCCCAAGAAGGCCAACUCCGCCACCGGAGAACAGCUUGUCUAUGGAUGGGAUCGAGGACACUCCAACUCGCCACAACACACACGUCAACACUUAUUUGACUCAGAGCAGCGACGAAGAAGAAGACAUGCCCUUGAAAGGUCCCUUGAACAUGCCUGAACUCCCGCACAGACCUGAUGACACCAAUUUCACCCUGGAAGCUCUCAGUUCUAGACUGCAGGAGAUCUCAGAACACCCUGAGGAGGAGAAAAGUAAACCUCUGGUUUACGCCAAGCCUAGUCCUGGUCUAGCCUCGCCCGCCGAGGAUGCAAACGAGGGUGCCGAUUCUGCAAUCCUACCGUUUGUUGAAGACCCAAUCUCGCCGGCCAAUACACGCGCACUGGACUCCAAUGCGAUACAGUCGCCAUCCUCGGCAUUCGGCUCAAAUUUGAGUCCAUCGGUGUCGAACACCAAGUCCCCAGGCCCAAGCGGUGCACUCUCGCCACAGGAACAGCACGAAGCAAAGAUUCAUCAGGAGUUUGAGCAAGGCGGGAUCCGGCUCAAGAAGAAGACGUCCACCAACUUUGGUGCUCCAUUCGGCUCGCUGGCCGGCUUGCCUAUCAGAAAGAUGUCGUAGGAGGACAACGACAAUGGGUCUGAAGAGUUUUAUGGGCAAUCUACCGAAACUCAUCAUUCAUUCUUUUAACAUAAUUUACUAUAGUCAUGGAAAGCAACAGCAUGGGACAGUGACAGGGAAGAAAAGGCGCGAUGGAGAAAUAAAGGAACAGCAUGGGUCAUGGGCGCAGAGUGCAGCAAAAACGGACGGCGGGACCGCAUAGGAACGAUACCCCAAACAGGCCAGAGAGCCUCGCGUUAUUGAUGGAAUAGAAGCAGGAAUAGGAAUAGAGAAAUUUCGGUUGUCUAAAGAGACUGACCACUAGCACCAUUAGAAUGGUCAAACAGAAUGAGAGAAAAGACACUCCUUCAGUAUUUUGAAUCGAUCGAGGGAGGUCUGACUGGAAUGUGACAAAGCCAGCCUUUUUUCAGCCUCCCUUGCAGAAUGUCAC